AUGGAAGUGGAUAUGUGGAAAUGGAAGAGUCCCGCUUUUAAGGAGCAGGACUCUAACCCGGAAGCUUAUGAGAAAUCCCGCUAUGCCCUCAGACGAACCAUCAAACAGGCAAAGUGUCAACACAGGACUAAGAGCGAGUCUUACUACACCGGCUCUGGAGCUCAUCGGAUGGAAAUAGAGAUAGAGAGGAGGAAUUCUGAUCCGAUAGGAGGAAAGAAAGGUGGAGGGAAGGACGGUGGAGGGGAGGACGGUGGAGGGAAGGACGGUGGAGGGAAGGACGGUGGAGGGGAGGACGGUGGAGGGGAGGACGGUGGAGGGGAGGACGGUGGAGGGGAGGACGGUGGAGGGGAGGACGGUGGAGGGGAGGACGGUGGAGGGGAGGACGGUGGAGGGAACUCCUAA